AUGAAUAACCUGAUUGUCGAUGCGGGUCUUAUUUUCAACCAAAAAUUCCCAGAGCUUGCAUUCUUACAUCUGCCCACAUUCGUCAAUAGCGUUCACCAAAAUGCUCCCCAUCGUGAUUUGCUGAAAGUCACUGCCGUGCUCGCACUUUGCGCAAGAUUUCUACCUGAGAUAUACACAGCCUAUGAUAUACCGCACCAAGCUGGCGAGACUUACGCAUCCCAGGUCAGAAAACACGUGUUGCGAAGAGUGAUGGAGUCUCCAAGCGUUGACACCAUCCAAAUUUUGUUGCUGAUGGCCUUGUAUGAAUGGGGGGCUUCGAAGGGACACAGUGCUUGGAUGUAUAGUGGAAUGGCAUCACGCAUGGCACAAUCUUUGAGGUCAUCAGCAAAUGAUGGCCUACAAAUGAAUCAGUCAGGUUACGAUCUUCAAAACUGCGCUUCUGCAGUAGAAAUCGAGAACCGCACAUUUUGGGGCUGCUUUGUUAUGGACAGGAUGCUUGCUUGUGGUAAAGGCCGGCCCCUGUCUCUUCGUCUGGAGAGAAUGUCUAUUCAUGCUCCAGUGGGUGACAAAGAAUUUGCAUAUACUCAAAUCCCAACAAGAAAGUACACUUUCAGUGAAAUUUUCAAAGACGAGCAAUUGGUACGUACUCAAAGCACUACAAACUACCGCUUUAGUGUGACAAUACGAGGGCUUGACAUUUGGGCGAAGCUUUUGAAGUGGGUUGCAGAGGGUGGCAGGCGUCAUUCAACACUCUUUCAAUUCAGUGAAUGCCCUUGGGAGCCGGGUUCAGCGUGGUUUGACAUUAACCAUGAACUUGAGAAUUGGAGGAGGGAGCAAGACGCAGACUUGAAAUUCCCCGAGUUCAAUAUAUCUGCCCAUGUCUCUCUUGGUUGCGGUGAAUCUUUCGCGUUUAUCAAUUUAAUCUACUACUUGAGGUAA